AUGGCGCAGAAAGGAGUUCAGCUGGAUCGGGAAACCUUCUCUUGUUCCAUCUGUCUGGAUCUACUGAAGGAUCCUGUGACUACCUCCUGUGGACACAGCUAUUGUAUGAACUGUAUUAAAACCCACUGGGAUGAAGAGGAUGGAAUGAAAAUCCACAGCUGCCCUCAGUGUAGGCAGACCUUCAGACCGAGGCCAGUCCUGCUGAAAAACACCAUGUUAGCAGUUUUAGUGGAGGAACUGAAGAAGCCUGGACUCCAAGCUGCUCCUGCUGAUCACUGCUAUGCUGGACCUGAAGAUGUGGCCUGUGAUGUCUGCACUGGGAGAAAACUGAAAGCCCUCAAGUUCUGUCUGGUCUGUCUGGCCUCUUACUGUGAGAAACACCUUCAACCGCAUUAUAAAUCCUCUGCCUUUAAAAAACACAAGCUGGUGGAGCCCUCCAAGAAGCUCCUGGAGGUGAGUCAAAAAAACAUCCAGCAGAGAAUCCAGGACAGACAGAAAGAUGUGAAGGUGCUUCAGCAGGAGGUGGAGGCUAUCAAUGGCUCUGCUGAUAAAGCAGUGGAGGACAGUGAGAAGAUCUUCACCGAGCUGAUCCGUCUGAUGGAGAAAAGAAAGUCCGAUGUGAAGCGGCAGCUCAGAUCCCAGCAGGACACUGAAGUGAGUCGAGUCAAAGAGCUUCAGGAGAAGCUGGAGCAGGAGAUCACUGAGCUGAAGAGGAAAGACGCUGAGCUGAAGCAGCUCUCACUCACAGAGGAUCACACCCAGUUUCUACACAACUACCCCUCACUGUCAGCACUCAGUGAAUCUACAGACUCAUCCAGCAUCAACAUCCGUCCUCUGCGCUACUUUGAGGACGUGACAGCAGCUGUGUUAGAAGUCAGAGACAAACUACAGGACGUUCUGAGAGAGACAUGGACAAACGUCUCACUGACAGUGACUGAAGUGGAUGUUUUACUGUCAGAACCAGAGCCCAAGACCAGAGCUGAGUUCUUAAAAUAUUCACGUAAAAUCACACUUGAUCCAAACACAGCAAACACACGUCUGUUAUUAUCUGAGGGGAACAGAAAAGCAACAUUUAUGAGUCAGCAACAGUCUUAUUCUAGUCACCCAGACAGAUUCAGUGGAUGGUGGCAGAUCCUGAGUAGAGAGAGUCUGACUGGACGUUGUUACUGGGAGGUGGAGUGGAGAGGGGCAGGAGUUUAUGUAGCAGUCGCAUACAAGAAUAUCAGCAGAGCAGGGUGGUCGAAUGAAUGUAUAUUUGGAGGUCCUCGGUCCUCCAGAGUAGGAGUGUACCUGGAUCACAGUGCAGGUAUUCUGUCCUUCUACAGCAUCUCUGAAACCAUGACUCUCCUCCACAGAGUCCAGACCACAUUCACUCAGCCUCUCUAUGCUGGACUUUGGUUUUAUUCUGGAGGCACCGCUGAGUUCUGUAAAGUCAAAUAGUCA